CACGUGACGUCUGGCCCGGAAGCGCUCGCAUCUGAGACCCCCGGUGACCGGGUCGUGAGCAGUUCUGUGGAGCGGGCGCGGAGGUCCCGGGGGUCCCUGCAGUUGCGCGUUCCCCGGGUCCACCGCCAUGGCCUGGACCAGGUACCAGCUGUUCCUGGCCGGGCUCAUGCUCGUCACCGGCUCCAUCAACACGCUCUCGGCAAAGUGGGCAGACAACUUCGUGGCCCAGGGCUGUGGAGCGAGCAAGGAACACAGCUUCCAGCAUCCCUUCCUCCAGGCAGUGGGCAUGUUCCUGGGAGAGUUCUCCUGCCUGGCUGUCUUCUACCUGCUCCGGUGCAGAGCUGCCGGGCAGCCAGACGCCAGCCUGGGUCCCCAGCAGCCCUUCAACCCACUUCUUUUUCUGCCCCCAGCCCUCUGCGACAUGACUGGAACCAGCAUCAUGUAUGUGGCCCUGAACAUGACGAGUGCCUCCAGCUUCCAGAUGCUGCGGGGAGCAGUGAUCAUAUUCACAGGCCUGUUCUCGGUGGCCUUCCUGGGGCGGAGGCUGGCGCUGAGCCAGUGGCUGGGCAUCCUUGUGACCAUUGCAGGACUGGUGGUCGUGGGCCUAGCUGACCUCCUGAGCAAGCACGACGAUCAGCACAAGCUCAGCGAAGUGAUCACAGGGGACCUGUUGAUCAUCAUGGCCCAGAUCAUCAUCUCCAUCCAGAUGGUGCUAGAGGAGAAGUUCGUCUACAAGCACAACGUGCACCCGCUGCGGGCAGUUGGCACUGAGGGCCUCUUUGGCUUGGUGAUCCUCUCCCUGCUGCUGGUGCCCAUGUACUACAUCCCCGCCGGCUCCUUCAGUGGAAACCCUCGCGGGGUGCUAGAGGACGCACUGGACGCCUUCUGCCAGGUGGGCCGACAACCGCUUAUCGCCCUGGCACUGCUGGGCAACAUCAGCAGCAUUGCCUUCUUCAACUUUGCGGGCAUCAGUGUCACUAAGGAACUGAGUGCCACCACCCGCAUGGUACUGGACAGCCUGCGUACCGUUGUCAUCUGGGCACUGAGCCUGGCACUGGGCUGGGAGGCCUUUCACCCUCUGCAGAUCCUCGGGUUCCUCAUCCUCCUGUUGGGCACUGCCCUCUACAACGGGCUGCACCGCCCACUGCUGACCCGCCUGUCCAGGGGCCGGCCCCCAGCAGAAGAGGGCGAGCAUGAGAGACUGCUGGGUGGCUCUCGGACUGCCAUCAACGAUGCCAGCUGAGCCUCCUGCAGGGCCUCUGCUGCCACCUGGAUGCUCCCUGUUCACCCUGAGGAUGAGGUCACACAGGCUGGUGAGCCUCGAGUGCCCUGUCCUAAGGCCUCACCUUGCUCCUGCCCACACACUGCCAGGGAAGCUGCUGCCAUAGAAAAUGACAUGACACCCAGGUCCUCCUUUGUCACAACCCCCUGCAGAGAGGUGUCACCCAGCCCCCACAGGCCUGAGGGCAGUGACUGACCCCUGCCUGGCUCCACGAGGAAGUCACUUAGCCUUCUUAGGGCCACGGUUGCCUCAUUUGCACCCACCUGUGCAGAUGGUUAUGAAAGUUAAGCACCAUAUUUCCUAAAACUUUUAAGGUAUCCCCUAACCCUGUCUGGAGACCUAGGCUUCAGCCGGGCCAUGCUGCAGAUUCAGUGUAUGCACCCUAGCCCAUUACCUACUCGCUCUGAGCCUUGGUGUCCUGCUCUGUAAAGCAGAAGAUGUCGACGCUGUGGCUUCAGUGCCUUCCAGCCCCAGCUGGGCCCAAUCUAUGGGCCUAUGAUUUUGACCAACCUUGGAAAUGAGUGACAGCCCAUUUAUUUAUUGGAAAUGCUUCUCUCCUCAAGCCUGUUUUGAUGUCCUUGCUCACACAUCCUCAAGGCCUCCGUGCCGGGAACGGAUUACAGGGGGAUUCCAGGCAGCCCUUGAUAACAGCUUUUAGGAACCCUUCACCUUCCAUUUUAAAGGUGAGGAACCCGAGGCCUAGAGUUGUAAAUUGUUUGGUAAGAGGGCUCUCCUACUGUGGGCUCUGGCCAUGCAGCCACAUGAUCCCGCCACAGGCUGGAUCUAGAGCAUAUCUGCACCUCAGCACCCCCCCACCCCAAACCUGACUUCUAGAGAACCUUCCAGGAUGCUGGAUUCACUAGGAUUCUACCGUUUAAAGUAAUUCUGGUGUCUCAGGCGUUAAGUGCUUAACUUUCAUUCUCUUUCAUCACAGCCUGCACAGGUGGGUGCAGAUGAGGCAACCGUGGCCCCGAGAAGGUGAAGUGACUUCCUCGUGAAGCCACUAUUCUAAGCUAGGUUUGCCUGAUCCGAAACCUGUUGUCCCCACCUCCCAUAUGGGUCUCUGGGGUUUUGGGGGGAUUUCCUGCAGCUAGGAUGGAAACAUUGUGCUGUUGUCCUCCUGGUCACCCCACCCAGAAGAGAGGGGCCUGGCAUAGGGCCUGCAGGGAGCUGGGUGGCCCUCCACUCCAGUGUUUCUCACUCGGGUAGUUUCUGGAGCCUCAGCCCACCUUACUGGGCAGCUCAGUCAUAGAACAAAACGCUGAAUGCUUUCCUUAACCUAGGUUCUAGGGGAAGGGAUGCUUAACAAGCGAAGCCCUAGGACUGCAUGGGAAUCCAGCAGGUUCUUAGAGUUUGUUGGCAGAGGAGGGCUUCUUCAUCCCACCAGCUCUGAGUCUCAGGGGCCCCCUGAGCUUUUUGGGGCCACAGUGUGUGUCACAGGAAGAAGGAAAUGGAGAGCAAGGGUGGUGGGGACUACAGCUGCCUUGUCCAAAAAUCCGGGGCCUUAGAAUGUUGUUUUAGGCUUUAUUUUUAAAAAGAAAAGGGAAAUUUGCAGUAUGGACUCUUUUUAAUGAGAGGGAAGGAGCACAAGGGGUGGAACGUUCCUGGAGGUAGCGUCUAGAAUGUUGAGGUGGAAAAGCUCUAGGGUCCCAAAGCAUAGAAAUCACCCAGCCCACCAUUCAUUGUUCCGAUGAAGAAACUAAAGCCCAGAGAGAGGAAGGAACUUCCCAAGGUCACACUGCCAGUGAACGGCAAGGCCAGACUUCCUGGUCCUCAGUCCUUGCCUGUUCCAUUCUGCCACAGGGAAUGUAGCCAGGAGCCUGUACCAAGAGUCCAGGACGGCCCCUCUGCCACGGGCUGCCCAGCCUGUGCACUCAGCUGUGCACACCGCUUCAGAGGGUGGUAGGGAAGCACUUGGCUUUUAUUUGAGUGCUGCCAUGGGGAACUGUGUUGAUUUUAAUGCUGUAAGGGCUGGCAGAAUCGUAAUGGGACUUCAGUGGUCAGGGGUGGCAGAGCAUAGGGACGCCCCAUCAGGCCUGCCACCAACUCAGGGAACCCGUUUUACCUCCUGGAGCUUUGGGUCUUCACAGGUCUAAAAUGGGAAAGCCCGCCUCCAUCUCGCAGAAUGAGUGUGAAAAUUACAUAAGAUGAUAAACCGAAGGUGCCUGUACACGCCAGCGCACAGCGGAGUGUCACUUAGGGCUGCACUGUCCACCAGGGUGGUCUGCCUGGGGCACCGAAGUCCCAGCAGAGGCAUGGCGCUGAACGUCGGUUUUGCUCAGCGUGGAAGAAACAUUUUAUCAGAACACCAUCAUGGAGUAGAGUGUGAAAUUGACAUGGAUAGGAUAAAACAGGACACCUCGAGAAAGUGUUAUGCUGACUGUAGGUGCCCUCCCAGCCUCUGUCAGGGCUGCUUUGGAGUGAGAGGCCUUGCUGUGUCGUGCUGGUCAUGUACAAGGGUAAGGACCUCCACUCUCCUGCUGAGUCUGGAGGGUCACGGGGAAUGUCUCUAUCUGUGGCCUACCCUUCUGAGUGGAGUAAGGGAACCCUGAAUGGUGGAAGUUUGGCACCAAGGCCCUGAACCCCAAAAUCAGAAUAACUGAUAACAGACUUCUGUAAACCUCGGUUCAAAUACAGUGUAAUUUAAAUCA